GUAAGCCGUUGUAAAUAAUUAUUUAUAAGCUCCGCCAGAACAUUCUCUAAUACAGGCAUCACUUCUUAGUGAUGGAAUUCAGCGCAGCCGUAGUCUACGGCGCCGCAGCCUUCAUUUCCCUUCUCUUUUACUACCUAAUCCGGUUAAGAUCAGCCGAUCCCACGCUCCGAGCGCCGCCCGAGGCCGGCGGAGCAUGGCCUUUCCUCGGCCAUCUCCACCUCAUAAGCGGCGGCCCCUCCUCCGGCCUCCCCCACGUCAACCUAGGCGCCCUCGCCGACAAGCACGGCCCCAUCUUCACGAUCCGCAUCGGCGUGCACCGCGCCGCCGUGGUGAGCAGCUGGGAGCUGGCCAAGCAAGCCUUCACCGCCAACGACGCGGCCGUGUCGUCCCGCCCGAGCGUCAAGGCCGGCAAGCACCUGGGCUACGGCAACGCCAUGCUCGGCUUCGCCGAGCACGGCGCCUACUGGCGCCAGCUGCGCAAGCUCGCCUCCGCCGAGCUCUUCUCGGCGCGGCGGCUUGAGCGGCAGCGGCGCGUGCGCGUCGCGGAAACCCUAAUUUUCGUGAGCGAGCUCCACGCGCUGUGGCAGAGGGAGAGGGGCGCGGCGGUGGACAUGAAGGAGCGGCUCGGGGAGCUGAACCUGAACGUGAUGCUGAGGCUGGUGGCGAGGAAGGAGCUCCGCGGCGGGGAGGAGGCGAGGCGGUGCCGGCGCGUGAUGAGGGAUUUCUUCCACAUGGCGGGGCUGUUUGUGCCGUCGGAUGCGUUCCCGUAUCUCGAGUGGCUGGAUAUCGGAGGGCACGAGAGGAGGAUGAAGAGAGCUGCGGAGGAGAUGGACGAGAUCGUCGGAGAAUGGCUGGCUGAGCAUCGGAGAAAGGAAUAUUCCGGCGAGGAUAAGGCGCAGGAUUUCAUGGAUGUGAUGCUGUCGGUGGUGAAAGGUGAGGACUUUGGAAGUGAAUACGAUGUUGAUACCAUAAUCAAAGCUACGUGCGGGACUUUGAUAGCGGGUGGCACCGACACAACCUCAGUAGUGUUCAUAUGGGCGAUCGCCCUCUUACUCAACAAUCGCCACGUUCUAGAAAAGGCUCAAGAAGAAUUAGACAAACAUGUCGGAAAGGAAAGACGAGUCGACGAAUCAGACAUCGCCAAUUUAGUCUAUCUUCAAGCCAUAGUCAAAGAGACCCUAAGGUUAUACCCUCCGGGGCCCUUAGGCGGGGCCCGGAGGGUAACCCAAGAUUGCAGCAUCGGAGGGUACAACAUCCCCAAAGGCACUUGGCUGAUAGUGAAUUUGUGGAAGUUGCACCGGGACCCACGGGUAUGGCAAGACCCGUCGGAGUUUAGGCCCGAGAGGUUUCUGAACGGAGAGAGCAAUGCGGACGUUAAGGGCCAAGAUUUCGAGUUAAUCCCGUUUGGUGCGGGUAGGAGGAUUUGCCCCGGCAUAAAUUUUGGAGUGCAAAUGUUGCAUUUGGUGUUGGCUAGCUUGUUGCAAGCGUUUGACCUAACCACGGUUUCGAAUGAAGGCGUUGAUAUGAGUGAGAGUGCUGGAUUGACAAACAUCAAAGCUACACCUCUUGAUGUUGUUAUUGCACCGAGGCUGCCACCAAAUCUCUAUGAGAGCUUUAAUUAAUUUGGAUUAUGUUAAUUACCUCUAAUAAUUAAUAUUGGACAUGCCGACGAGGCCUAACUCAAGUAGCAAAGUUGAGGCGCCCAAAGACUCUACUUUGUGAGAGAUCUUAGGUUCAAUCCCGCCUGCAUGAGGGUAGUUUUUUCACUUUUGUGUGGAUAGUGUUCCGCCUGCGUGCGGUUAUUUACC